AUGGAAAAAGUGGAGGUUAGAGUCCUAAAAGCUGAAGAGAAUAACGAACACAAAGAUAAGAAAUCUGUUGACAUCUACGGUGAACGGAUUGUGGUUGGAAAUGGGAAAAGUGGAAUAUGGAAAGGGGAGCGAGAUGGCCAGGAACUCUACCCCAGAUGGCCGAAGUCCGAGGAAAACUCCUCCUCCGCCCAAUCCAGACCCUCCGAUUCCGCCUCUGGGGCUGGAGGCAUCGGCGUCUUUCUCCUCUGUCUUCGGGGGCGCUUGUGGGGCGGCAUCCAUGGCUUCUGCUGGACUCCCCCUGAUGCUGCUGGUGGGGGCGCUGGCCCGGAUCCCCGGAAGCGAAGGGGGAAGGAGACCCCCGCCCAUUUCCUCUACCAGACGAAGCACGAGUGCCGCUUCCUCAACGGGACGCAGAGGGUGAGAUACAUAUACAGGGACAUCUACGACCGGCAGGAGAUUCUCAGCUUCGACAGCGACCUCGGGAAGUUCGUGGCCGUCACGGAGUUGGGGAAGGCGGAUGCGGACUAUUUCAACAGCGAUAAGCAGUACCUGCAGUACGAGAAGGACGCUGUGGAUCUCUUCUGCCGGCACAACUACGAGAUUCUCCAGGGCGGCCCUGUGGUUGGCCGGAGAGCCAAGCCCACCGUCACCAUCUCCCCCACCAAGAUGGAACCCGAUUCCCCCAACAUCAUCCUCCUCUGCACCGCGACGGGCUUUUACCCCGUGGAGAUUGAGAUCCAGUGGCUGAAGAACGGAAAACCGGAGAAGGAGGGCGUGGCCUAUGGGGAGGAGCUUCAGAACGGAGACUGGACCUACCAGCUCAUGGUGAUGCUGGAGACCCAGCCCCAGCGGGGGGACGUCUACACUUGCAAGGUGGAGCACGCCAGCCUGGAGGCCCCCAUCACUGUCCAAUGGGAGCCCCGUACCUCCAGCUCUGCCAAGAGCAAACUCUGGACGGGGAUAAUGGGAGCUGUGAUAGGAGUGGCCUUCUUUGCGGUGGGGCUCUUCUCUUACCUGAGGGCCAAGAAAGCAAUACCCAUCCAACCUCCUACAGCACUCAUGAAUUAAUCCUGCUCUCUGAUGCAAAAGGAAAUUAUUUCUUUAGUAGCUGAUGUGUCAGCCUCUGCUUUGCUGCUGCUUCGGCUGCCAUUGAAACGGGGAGGGGGGGCAUGGUAUUUGGGAGG